GAAAAUGUCCUACAGCGCGCUGCCUCGGGGCAGACGCUCACAGCAAGGUCAAGAACCAGCAGCAGGUACGGAGACUUCAGCGGCCUUCACAAGCCGACCGAGCAGCAGCCAAUUUUUCUGAGUAAAGCAGGUAUCACAUGGGAAGCAGACGGCAAUUCGUCCUUGCUUAUCCCAUUGUUACUUUCGGACGUCAUGUUUGCCCCGGUAAACUCCAAUCUGGUGUUCCCUUUUUCAAGAUCACCGGAGGCCACGCACGUUAUUUUGAUUGCCCCUCGCGUUUCUGGCAAAUCAGCAGUUUGGCUGCUUUGUACGAACGCUGGGGACAGUGACUAUUCUCUGGACCACCUCAUCAUGAAUUUUAGCAGGCGGGGAGCUGUUCGCUGGGACGUUCGGCAGUGCCAUCAUUUCUCGGCGAACAGUUGCGGCCAAGGUGGCCAUGGGACGAUCUUUGGAGGUGUCUCGCUCCUGCCGUUGUACGAUGCGCACAGAAAGCUCAUCCCUUUGAAGGGGGAUGUGCUGAACAUGAACAAGGUCCACAACUUCGGACGCGUGGCCGUGAAGAUUUGGGACAAGCUGGACUCGGGGAUGGUGCGUCGAGAGGUCGACUUCUUGCAGCAGUCUGCCGGUCAUCCAAACAUCUCUGCCCUUUUAGGCAUUUACGCAGAGGCGCAGAAGAAGAAGUCCAGCGUGGUCUGGCUUCUAGUGAUGGAGCACUGCACGGGAGGUGAUUUCUUCGACAUCAUCAAGGAGAAGUAUUUGUCGAUUGCUCGCAUUCUCGACAUUCAAGCCGGCUUGGCGUCAGCGUUGACACAUCUGCAUCGCUUGCGCAUCGUGCAUCGAGAUGUCAAAGCCGAAAAUGUUGUGAUGCACAAGGAGCAUGCUGUGCUCAUUGACUUUGGCAUUGCGGCCUACCUUGAUGACCAGGAAGCCAUGUGCCGCCCCGUUGGGUCUCCGGGCUAUGCUGCACCGGAGAUCAUCGCUCCGACUCCGCAGCUCUACGACGAGCUGGUGGACGUCUUCGCCCUGGGAGUCCUGAGUUACUUUAUGCUGUUUCGAGCGCUGCCAUUCUGGGCCGGCACCCACGAGGAGAUGUUGGAGAAGACCCGGCAAUGUGAGGUCGAAAUCCCAGAGUUGGACGACGACAGCAUGCGUCCAGUCGUUUCUUUGGUGCUGCGGAUGAUGUCCAAACAGGCUGCAGAUCGGCCGAGCGCCGUGGCAUGUUUCAACGAGCUCCGCGAAAUGGCACCCGAGGUGACGAAGUCCCGCAAGGCCUCACGGGCCUUCCGGAUUGCCCACACUGCCUUGGUGCGCUACGGCUAUAUGGAGGCUACCGGAGACAUCAGCCUGGAUGAGUUUUCCGACAACGAGGGUGCGGACAGGUCCGAGGUACCUUCACCAACCAACAACAUCGACGUGUCUCCUGUGCCGACGUUGCGCACACCGGCGGCACCGACGCAGACGGUAGCUUCCAUGACGUCCAGGACCUCCAUGCUGAGCGGAGUUGGGAGUGUGCUCAGUUCGGCGAGGAGGCGGAUGCCUUCCUUGCGUGUUCCGAGAGUCGGGCAGACGGUGUCCAAGGUCUUCCGGAAUAUGGCUCACUUGUCGGAGGCCUCAAUGUCGACAGCUGCGAUGCUUUGCCGAGAAAUUCAGUAG